CGGGGGGUACGUUGCAAUGAAGUCCUUCGUAAUGAAGUCCUGCCUGCUGCUGUCCGUUGGCGCAGCUGGCAUGAAGCUGCAAGAGCCCGCCGACUGCGUGGGAGAUCUGAUUGGCUCCUUUGACAACGGGCGGCACCGAGAUCUUCCAAUGCGACGAGCAGAAGGCGGACGACACAUGCGCAAAGAAGUACACGCUGGCGGCGGGGGACGUCUAUACUCAGUGCGGCCUUAGUGGCCCGAACUGGCGCUGGGGCCGUGCAAAAAGCCCUCGGCGAGCCUGACGUGCUCCACCCUAUCGGAGUGCGAGGCAAAGGUUGGAAGCGGACUUGGACCAGUGGCACUGACACCAGCUACUUAGUGCCUUUGGGAACCUAUGUGAUGCUUGGCUUCAUAGAAAGGACCGGAGACCUGUCGCACUCCUGGUUCUUCAAGACGCCGGACAGCUGGAAGACCACCCACCCCUACAAGCUCCAGCAUCAGGGCGACAUCAUCGAAGCCAUCAGGGCCAGCGACGGCAAGACCUACGAGGGAGAGCUGGUCUCGGACUCCUCCAACUACGGGGGUGGCUGCGAGUGCGGCAAAGGCGGUGGAAGUUGGGGCCGGAUUUGCAUGCGCAGCAAGACCCCACCGGCCGGGGGCUGGAGGUGCACUGGCAAGGGUGGAGCUGUACCGGAGGAGAUUGAUUUCCCUUAUGUUCGCGGAUAUGGGGACGGCAACUCAUGCGGAUCUUCCAGCCUGAGCUACUACAACUGGAACGCCGGCACCAACUUCUGCAACAACGGCUACAAGGUUGUGAUCAUGACCACGUAGACGCUGGAAGAGAAGACCGCGAGCAAGUUUGUUUAAAACGGCUCUUCACCUUUUUCGCAGGAGUUCCAUGUGCAGGAUGCGUGUUGGUUCUAUCUUGACCGAAAGGGAUUCAAGUGGUGAGUGGUCAAUAGCCAUCCCCACUGAUUUUUUGCAGGACAUGACCGAUUCUGGGGUUCCGUGUGAGCCCGCGGAACAUGUUUGGCACCUGCAGAUGAGUUUUUGAGUUCCUGCCACGCGUUGUGCCAGCAAAAAGGUGUGCCGUAUCCGUGGGCUAACUGCGGGUCCU